CCCAGCAUGAGCUCCUUCGACCUGUUGGCGCCCUCCCCGCCCCGCUGCAGCCCCCAGUUCCCCAGCAUCGGCCAGGAGCCCCCCGAGAUGAACCUUUACUACGAGAACGUCUUCCACCCCCAGGGCGUGCCCAGCCCGCAGCGGGCCCCCUCCUUCGAGGGCAGCGGCGAGUACGGGGCCACCCCCAACCCCUACCUGUGGCUCAACGGGCCGGCCCUGACCCCGCCGCCCUGCCUGCCGGGGGCCAGCGCCAGCCCCUUCCUGCCCCAGGCCUACGGCGUGCAGAGGCAGCUGCUGCCCGGAGUGCCGGGGCUGGGGGGCGGCGACCUGGGCUGGCUGCCCAUCCCCUCGCAGGAGGAGCUGAUGAAGCUCGUGCGGCCCCCCUACUCCUACUCGGCGCUCAUUGCCAUGGCCAUUCACGGGGCGCCCGACAGGCGCCUCACCCUCAGCCAGAUCUACCAGUACGUGGCCGACAACUUUCCCUUCUACAACAAGAGCAAGGCCGGCUGGCAGAACUCCAUCCGCCACAACCUGUCUCUCAACGACUGCUUCAAGAAGGUGCCCCGCGACGAGGACGACCCGGGCAAAGGGAAUUACUGGACCCUGGACCCCAACUGUGAGAAGAUGUUUGACAACGGAAAUUUCCGCAGGAAGAGGAAGAGAAAAUCGGAUGUUUCCUCCAGCAUGGGCUCCUUGUCCUCGGAAAAAACGGAGACUGGUCUCCUGGGGGACAGCCCCAAGACCACGGAGGCCCAGGACAUCUUGGACGGUGCUUCUCCUGGCACCACCAGCUCCCCGGAGAAGCGGCCCUCAUCACCCCCACCGGGCGCCCCGUGUCUCAACAGCUUCCUCUCCACCAUGUCAGCCUACGUGAGCGGGUCAAGCCCCGUGGGCCGCCCCGUGGCCACGCCGGGACUGAGCCCGGAGCCUGCCGACAAGGCGGGGCAGAACUUGCUGAACUUCAACUCCUACGCCCCACUCACCAACGUCAGCGGCCACACGGGUGGCGGUGAGUGGGCCAGCUCCAUGCCCGGCAAUGCUCUGGGCUACGGAGGCUCCGUCCUCAAUCAGUUCAGCCCUCACUUCUACAAUAGCGUCAGCACGAACAACGUCCUCUACGCCAGGGAGGGCACUGAGGUCUAGAAACAGAACAGCUCCUGAGCCAGGCCAGAGGCACGUGCCCGGGUACCUCCAUGCCAGCAUCCAAGACCGCCGAACUGCCUAGACAUACACAGGAGGCUCAGAGGCGUUCACCAUUUUUCUAGAACAUUGUGUAAACCUUGUGUUUAUCACAUAUCCAGCUACACACCCCCAACCAACUUUGCAGUGGAAAUGCUGGUGCCUGUAUGACAGUCAUCAACUUAGCCAUUUCAUGAGCACUUACUAUGUGCUGGGUGCUGUAUUAGGCUCUUUGAAGGCAUGAUCACACCUUUCUAUUUACAGCCACCUUGUGAGGGUCAUAUGAACCUCCCCAUUUAACAGAUGAGAAAACUGAGACUCAGGAAGUUAACUUUCCCAGGGUCGUACAAACUAGGAAGUGGCAGAGCCAGCAGUCAAGUCCAGGUCUCUGUGAUCCCCAAAGUUCGGGCCAACGGAGGCAGGGAUGGAGGAGUUGGUUGAGCAGCCAAGGAAGGCCAGUGUGGAGAGCUGGUGAUGGCAAGCAUAUCCAAAUCUCCCCACUGCCUUCCGGCCAUCCGUCAAAUUUAGGACCAGCCCUGGGCACAUCUCAUCUUGGUCCGAGUCCUUAUUCUGUGACCCCCAACUUGCCUGCCAACACUCCUUCUGCUGCUACGCAAGGUGGGGGAGCCCAGAUCUGCACCUCUGUGGAGCAACGUGCCCAGCCUCUCCCCACAGAGGAAUGUUGCUCCCCGAAGCCCGCAGACCAUGAGCAGGGCAGGAAGAGGAGUGGUGUGCACCCCAAACCCCCACCUCCUCACCGCCCACUGGCAAAAUCUUGUAAAGCCCAGCUUCCUGUGUGCACGUCACGGGCCAGUGAGCUGGAGGUGGCUGAGUCUUCCAAGAGAAACAAGGUUGAAUAAGUGCUUCCUUUUUUAUGGCCCAGGAGGGGCUGCAAACCACACACAGGGGUCCAUGCUUGCAGCUCGUGGGAUAUUUCUCUUGUUUUUGUACGUACUUUACAUGCCUGUGAUGUUGCAUCACAGCACAC